UGUCUCCCCUCGAGCAGAGCAGCACCUGCCGUGGAUGUACAGCGAUUUAUUUACACGCCGUUUCUCGAGAUGUCCGCAGAUGUUGAGAGCCAGUCGCCCGCCGUGCGCUCGCGCAGCCGGUGUCUGGACACCUUCCUCACCGUGUCCGUGAUCGCACUCUUCCUCAUGUUUAUUGCCGCGCUCGCAGGAGCGCUGUACUUCGCCAAACACAUCGAGGACGAGAUAAACGCACGGACGACGCGACAUAUAGACGGAGUUAAGGACUCGCAGGUUGCGCCGAUCCGCGAGACCGGAGACGCGUAUAAGACGCAGAAUUUUGUUUACCUGAGGGCCACUGAAAGUGAACUCAAAACAGGUGUGAUGGCGUGGGAACCUUUCGCGUAUGGAAAGGGUCAAACCAUUGGCUCUCUCUACAGCUAUGAGAAAAACCAGAAUGUGCUGAACAUCAACGAAAGCGGAAGCUACUUCCUGUACGUCCAGCUCAAUUUUUCCUGCACUGGACGGUGUCCAUCUGGCCAAUUCACUGUCAGCUUUUACAAUAAACACAAUAGCGAGGAGCUCCCCUGCACCGUCUCGCUGCCUGAGCGGAGCAAAGAAACGCCUCACAGUCAGACGUGUUGGCGCGUCGUGACCUUUCCGGAAAAUGGAAACCGCCUCAUGGUCAAAUCACAGGUUGAAGGCACGCUAGACAACUGGAAACUGGAGAUGAAUGACUCUGGCUUUGGGAUGUUUCUGGUGGACGGAUUAGGAGCGCUGCGUCACACGUGAUCAGCAGAAGCCCGACCAAACUGAUUUGGGGCUGCUUGUUUGAGUCGCGUCACUUUGAUCCACUCAGGACUUGCUUUUAAUGCUCUGAUGAGCAGGACUCCACUAAUGUCCACAGACUUUCUUGGCUAAUUUGGCAAUGCCUUCAGCUACCAAAAAGAGUGGCUCUUUCACGUUUUAGCCACAAUAUUCAAAUGCAUUCUGCCAAAUUUUGCAGAUUUUCCUCUACAACAAAAGCUCAGAAAAUGCAACGACAUCUAGAGACUUUGUCUGGGCCUGAACCGAUAAGCCAUGCUUCUUAAGCACUAUUUAUAAUUUAAAUGUAUUUAUAUGUGUAACAUGUUAAAUAUUUGCAAUAUUUAUAUUCAUAUUUUUUGUGUAUACUGUACAUAGUGUGUUUAAACAUUUGUAGACAUCACUACGUGUGCGAGGUGUCAGACCGAACCCUUUUGUUCACUGAUUGCAUGUACUGUAUUAUUCUACUGAUGUUUAGGUACAUCACAGAAAUACCGAGUGAACUUUGACCAGCACAUCAACACUAGUGCCUCGGCUGGGUCUGUACGUUUCGCUCUACGUUCAAGAACUCAAAAAGCUGCAUGUGUGAAUGUACGUGAACAUCUCUUCACGAGCACGCGCUUGUGUUGUGAGGAAAGCACCGUAUGAAUGCGAUCAAACUCAGGAACUCUAUGGAUGAAUGUA